GAGGAGCUCCGUACUCUUUUCAGUACAUAUGUAAUCCCCCCUGUCCUGGUGUGAAUGAGCACCUGGGCAUGCUCUGCUCCCUUUGGGAAUUCAGCACCUCCCUCAUUCUGAGUGGGGCAGCACUGUGAACUUCCACAGGCCAGCAGGGAACUCAGCCACUGCCUCCUACCUGUACUCUUCCCUCCUAAAUCUAGAAAAACCAUGUUUCAUUGGUUAGUGUCUCUGGUGUGAAUUGUUUCUUGGGUUCCAAGAAAUCACAAAUCAGGAAUUCCUCUUUUUCCAUUUUUUGCUGUGUCUGAGGUACUAAAGGAUGCUCUGUCCUUCUUCAAAGGGCUUGGAGGGGAAAACCUAAGUCUCCUGGCUUCCCAAAGGUGGAACCCCUAAACUCUGUUAUUCAUGGUGGAGAGCUGCAGUCACUUCUUUACUAUUCUGGGCAUAAUACCCUAUUCAGUUUUGUGAGUUUCUGGUGACACACGUAUUUGAUUCCUUUACUGAUGUAAAAUUCUUGCUGAUCUUUGAUUGGCAGAAACCAUCAAUUAGGUCUCCCUUAAGUUCCCCCGACCCCUCUGCUGCUUUUAUCCACUAGCAAACCAAUAGGUCACAUGUUUGAAACCCUGCUCUUAUUUCCCUACCCUCUGUCUCUGGGUGUAUUAUAUAUGCAGAUCAAAGUGUAUACUUUGUGUAUAGAGUCUGAGCUCCAGAAGGCAAGAGAGUGAUAGGUAAAAGUGAUUCAGGGUCAACAGUCUCUUGUGGGAUAGACCUUAAAAGGUUUAUGGCUUUAAUGGGAUUUUCUCCUACUGCCUAAUUGUGUUUGACCCUUGGCAUCUUAAACAGUAUGCAUUUUAAGGAACUCUGGCAUUCCAGGACACUCUUGACUGACCAACUUCAGACACAGCCAUUUUCCUAUGACACUUAAGGAACAGGCUUGAUUUUUCACUGUAGUCUAGGUAGUUUAUCAUCAUCUCUAGGAAAGGGUAUAAUAUACAAUUUAGGGCAAUGAGCCUGCCAGGAUUAUGGUGGUGCCACUAUGUCUUUGAGGUGUGCUGGAACAGUAUCACGACUUAAAAAGAGGAGUAAUGUGUAUUCCACAUUAAAAAGAGAAAUAAUGUGUAUUCUACAUUUGUAAAACUCAAGAGUAUUGAUUCUUCUCCACAGCAUUUUCCAAAGUGCUUUUUAAUGUUUCUUUCUGAUGCCCUCGCUGUGCAAAGGUUAAGUAGCAUUGUCAUCCUUGCAUUGAUGAGGAAAGUGGAAAGAGGGGAGGUUAACCGACUUGCCUGGGGCUCCAGAGCAAGGCUAGCUCAGUGGGAAUGGUUGCUGCACGUAAAGCCUGCUUUUCACUGAAGAGUCUGCAGACCCAGGACUGCCUGGGGGAGUCUCCUUAAUGGAGGCAAGAAAAGCUCCCGGCCAAGGAUGGAGCAUUCUUGCAAGUUCUGUUUGGGGGCUGCUAAGGCAGAGAGCUGGACCCUCCAAAGUCUUAGUCCAAGUUCCUUAACCUAUAAACUGAGUUGCUCCCUUGAGAAUUAUUUUUGGCUCAAAUGCACAAUCUUGACAGAGGGCCUUAAAAUGUAAAAUGUAAACCUGACAUCUACAAAAAUUUUUGAAAUCGGAUGUAAAUUUUCUCCCCACAAUUCCCAUUUUGGUUCGUUUGGUAGAGGGGUUACCAGACAGGCCAGGGGGAUGUUCCUAUUAAGGGUUCUCUACAAUUAAAGUACAUAAGGCAAACUGAUGUAAUAAGGCUACAGAGAUGACUUCUAAUGUAGAUGGUUCCUGCAUCGCUUCCAUCCCCAGCAGACCCACUAAAGCUUGAGUAUCUUUGGCUCACUGCUCACAGGAAGCAGCAGAUCUCACCACAAAGCCAGAUGGAAAAAGAAGAUACACAGGGUGUAUGUGAGGCCCAGGACUCAGAAGACAAAGGGAUGGGCUCUGAUUUUGAGAAUUCUGAAGACAGGGAAGGGGACCUGGAAGAAAGAGGAAUGGGCUCUAAUCCACAGGACACAGACAAAAGAGGUCAGCCGGAGCAGGAGAUGGGCCCCGACACACAGGAUGAAGCUCUAAGAGGGGACUCAGAGGAGAGGGAACUGGUGUCUGACAUCUGUGCAGAGGGGCUGCUGAGUGAGGAAGAAGGGGCUGCUUUCCGUGAGGAAGAAGAUUACCAAUCUGGUGUCGCCGAGAUGGCGAUGUUCCCAGGACUGUCUGAGUCCGACAGCAUUUCCCGGAGCCCCCGCGAAGAGGAGGAGGUGGAGAGCGCUGGGGAGAACCGGCUGGAGGAGGAAGAGGGUCAGCCGCCCCAUCCCGCGCUUCCCUGGCGGCGGCGCCUCUCCCUGGGGGGUCGGCACAGGGCCGACCAGCCUGCCCACCGCCGCUUCCCCCAGCUCCACCACCCCGUGGCCAUGGACCUCGGGGAGCUCGACAGCCUGGUGGCCAGCAUCAUGGACGCACCCACCAUCUGCCCCGACUGCGGGGAGAGCUUCAGCCCGGGUGCCGCCUUCCUGCAGCACCAGCGCAUGCACCGCCUGGCGGAGGUGGCCGCCGCGGCAGGCCUGGAGCCCUUCGGCCUGGCGGGCGAGUGUGGCGCGAUGGUGGGGCUGAUGGGUGUGGGCGGGGCGGGGGGCUUUGGGGCGGCGCCCGCACUGGCCCGACCCCCGCGCGAGAAGCCGUUCCGCUGUGGGGAGUGUGGCAAGGGCUUCAGUCGCAACACCUACCUGACCAACCACCUGCGCCUGCACACCGGCGAGCGGCCGAACCUGUGUGCCGACUGCGGCAAGAGCUUCAGCUGGCGCGCCGACCUGCUCAAGCACCGGCGCCUGCACACCGGGGAGAAGCCCUACCCAUGCCCAGAGUGCGGCGAGGCCUUCAGCCUCAGCUCGCAUCUGUUGAGCCACCGGCGCGCGCACGCGGCAGCCAGCGGCGCGGGGGUGGCGGCGCUGCGGCCCUUCGCCUGUGGGGAGUGCGGCAAGGGCUUCGUGCGCCGCUCGCACCUCGCCAACCACCAGCGCAUCCACACGGGCGAGAAGCCUCACGGCUGCGGCGAGUGCGGCAAGCGCUUCAGCUGGCGCUCGGACUUGGUGAAGCACCAGCGCGUGCACACGGGCGAGAAGCCCUACAUGUGCUCCGAGUGCGGCGAGACCUUCAGCGUCAGCUCGCACCUCUUCACGCACAAGCGCACGCACUCGGGCGAGCGGCCCUACGUGUGCCGUGAGUGCGGCAAGGGCUUCGGGCGCAACUCGCACCUGGUGAACCACCUGCGCGUGCACACGGGCGAGAAGCCGUUCCGCUGUGGCCAGUGCGAGAAGCGCUUCAGCGACUUCUCCACACUCACGCAGCACCAGCGCACGCACACGGGUGAGAAGCCCUACACGUGCAUCGAGUGCGGCAAGAGCUUCAUCCAGAGCUCGCACUUGAUCCGCCACCGCCGCAUCCACACCGGCAACAAGCCGCACAAGUGCGCGGGCUGUGGCAAGGGUUUCCGCUACAAGACGCACCUCGCGCAGCAUCAGAAGCUGCACCUGUGCUAGGGUCAGAGCCUCAGGAGGCUUGUGGGGAAUAGACGUCCUGGGGACAGACCCUAUAGCAAGAUGAGGGAAGGAGAGGGAGGGACAGUCUGACAGUGACUGGGGAGCCUUUUGGUGGUGGGGAUCCUCAAGGGGAUGGUUGAGUAAUAAUUGUUAUGUUGGGAUACUGUAUUUUCACGUGGCUCCUCCCCAGCGAAGAAAUGUUUGGGAAGUGUGCUUGAGCAUGAUGACUUCAAGUACACACUAUAGGGAGGGGAAGAGCACAGAGGAGCCCGGACUUUGAGGACCUUGGGAAAGGGGCUUUCAGGGGUGGGGGUGGGGGUGGGGGAGGCGACCUGAAGGCAGGUCACUAGGUUGGGCUGAGAUACCCGCGCAAUCAGCGGGGAGAGGGUAUGGUUGGAGAGAGUGUAAUGGGUUAAAAUUAACAGGCAGGUGGGUAUGAAUAAUUCUAUCCUGCCUGCUCUUCCCCCUCUCCCAGGCUGUUAAGCCACUGUUUGUCCUAUCCCUGACAUCAGCUGUAGUUCCACGUAGAGGGGAACCUCAUCAGUCCUGUGGGAGGGGAUGUUUUCUAUAAUCUUCCCUUCCUUUCUCUGAGCCACAGUUAGCUGCUAUUUUGAGGCAUCCAGGGGAGACUGGGCCGAAAAGCUACAAACUCUCACUUCAAGGGCACAACUUCUGAGGUUUGGAAAUUAAUUUGUAACACUUUUUCAGAUCUGGGAGGUUCUGUUCCUCGUUCUUUGCUUCUUCUUUCAAACUUCUCUAGUUUUGUGCUGGGUAAAGGUGGUCUGUGUGGAAGACCAGACCCUUUCCUGGGUUUAGGAGUGUACCAGGCCUACUCUUUCUUUCAGGUCCCACUUGUGAUCUUUUAAGUGCAGGGAAGUGGAACAGUCCCAGUAAUGUCUGACUUUUUCUUAACCCAGGCCAGCCUGAAGCUUGUUUUGAGAGAACCUCAGACCAUGAACAGUUGGCCCAGUGACCUGCUUCAAAAGUUAAUUAGCUCAGAGUUUUGCUGGCCUUAUGUGAGAAAUCGAGGAAAGCAAAUGUUCACAUGUUGAGGCGCCAGGCUCCUCUGUCUCAUUUGCCCUCGCUUUGUAUCUCUGUACCUGUUCCCCUCUGUAGAAAUGGGGGAGAUAAAUCCAACCCCCACUUCCAUCCAUACUGAUAGGAGCUCAAGUCUGAGUAGACAUUUCUUUUUCCUACAUGGGGAGGUACUAGAAAGCUCAAGGCUUUACAGAAGGAGGACACGAGCAGGGACAAGUGUAAAUUCAAAAUUGCCAAAUAGCACAAGCGUUGAAUGUUUUCUGCUGGUUAUAUAAAUGCCAAAAAAGCACUUAUAUAUUUGUGAAGUGCUUUAUGCUUUUUAAUGAUUGUCAGUUGUUUCUCACAUCUUUGUGAGGUAGAUCAGUAUUAUGACUCCUGUCUUAGGAAGGCCUGGGAUGAUGAUAGUGUGGACAGGUGUAGUUUGACCUUUUGUGCUCUCUCGCCCAGCUGCUAGGAAGACUUAACCUGUCUUGAUUUAUAUAAUCAAAUAAAGACACUGAAAAUUCUUAUGCUUGAUGGAAAACUUAAGGCUAGUCUAGAAGGGCCAAAGAUGUCCUUGUUGACAAAGCUGGUCUUUGUCACAUAAUUAGGGUAUCCUAGGUAUGUCCCAUUUCUAGUAGAAGGUUGUGGUUAGAUUACUCUUGUAUAGAUUUCAGUUACCCAUGCUGAAAAUCCCUCCCCUAGGUUAGCCUUUAGAAGUUAGAGUUGUGGAAAACAAUAUUGUUUUCUUCACUAGGGGUUGUUACCCUGUAUUUUUUCAAGGAUGCAUCUUCACAAACUGUUGGACACACACUUGAAGGGAAAAAAAAAACUCUUAAGACUGCUUUAGCAAACUUUCCAUGGAUGCUGGUAAUUUAUACUCGAUCAGUUGUAUUCUAACAAAGAACCUCUUUGGGGACUGUAAGAAAGCAUGUCUUUGUUGUUUUAAAAACACUUAAAACAAUCCUGAGAAUUUUGGGCUUUUAUAAUGCCUGAAAAUAUGGUUUUGGAAGAUACUAAUUCAUUUAUUUUCUUUUAGUUAAGGUAAUGUGAGCAAAGCAAGUGUCCAAUAUUUGUUCUGACUCUUGUAGUCUGAAUUCAAAGUGUAAGACUCAUCUGAAAAUAAUACACCCAAUUUGUAGGUAUUUUAUUUCUUUGUGGUUUUUUUACACACGUCUACCUCUUCCAGCUGUUUUAAGUUCUCUCAAGUCUGUGCCUAUGAAAUUGCAUCCAACUUUUGAUUAUUCAUGGUUGAUUAUACACUUUAUGGGCUGUUUGGCCUUUUCUGCCACUGUUAUACUAUUACAGAGCCUCAUCUACAUCAAGUAUGUAACAUAUUAGGAGCUUUCAAGAAAGGGUUAAUGGGGAGAGGAGAUUGAAGCUAAUGUAAAAUAAUUUCAUGGCAGUGGAAGUCUUUAGACUUCAUUGACCUCUCUCGUUCUUCCUGUUGCCACAGAUAAGGAGCCAGCUACUGCUUCAGUAUCCCUUGUAUGGACAAGUCCCUUGGCAGAAGAAAACAGUCCAAACACCAACACCCUACUUUCAUGUGCAUUUAAAAUGUGAUUCCAUUUUUCUUAAAUUCUUCAGGGAACAUGGCUUCACUAAGUGAGUCUAAAUGCAUUCAGGAGGUUGUUUCUUGUAUCUAAUUUUAGAAUAAUAGAAUUUCUUAAGCAGACCCUGUUAACUGUGGUUCACCCUUCAAAGUGUUAAUCUGAAGACUCCUUCCGCCAACUCAUUAAUGAUGGUGGAGGCAAGUGUAUCAUCUGUUUUUGGGGAGGCUGGUCAAGUACAGGCUGUCCUUUACUGAGCAAAACCUGGAGCAGUUUCAAUGGUGAAAUGGCUUAAUUAAAUCUGAGUUGGAAGGAGAAGAUGAGACGUUAACCCCUUGAGCCAUAUGGUCUCUUCAAGAUCAAGAGGCUGUACAUAUGUGAAAAAGUACAAAUUAAGAACCUGUGUUUAUAGACAAUCUGAAUGGUGUUUCUGUGCACACAGUUUGUGCAGAAGUUUAUGCACAUUUUCCUUCACUGUAAUGUUAUUUUACAACUGUUUGUUAAGAUAGUGAAUAAUUUAAUGAUCCUAAAAGUAACAGGUUUUGUGUGAGCGUGUGCUUGUGUAUGUGAGAUUUGCCUUUUAUUUAAUGAUGGUUCCUUGGACAGCAUUCUGGUGUUCAGCAACCAAUACGGAAUAUUUGUCAUUAAAUCCAUCAGUCUUUUACCA